AGGUUAAGAAAACAUUCUGGUUUACUAAAUGGAUUAAUGAUGCUGUGGAUCUGAGAACAGACUCAGACUACAGAGGUCGUGUGGAGUAUGAUUGUCGUACAGGGAACAUCUGCACUCUGACAAUCAGAGACCUGAGAGAGAGCGACUCAGCUGUGUACAAGUUCAGAUUCACAACAAACCAACCAGGUGGGAAAUAUACAGGUGAACCUGGAGUCACUUUGUCUGUCACAGACCUCCAGGUGCUGGUGGAAAGAUCAUCAACCCAGACAGAGCUGAAGUGUCACAGCAGCUGUAAAGUAGCUGAUCCUCCUUCAUAUGUCUGGUACAAGAACGGACUGAAAAUGAAGGAGGAAACAUUUUCCCUUAGAGUCUCUGUUAAUGAUGACAACAGCUAUUCCUGUGCUCUUAAAGGACAUGAGGAUCACCGCUCCCCUCCAGUGUAUGCUCCAAAGCUUCUCUCUGUGUCAGCGAGUCCCUCUGGUGAGAUAGUGGAGGGCAGUUCAGUGAAUCUGACCUGUAGCAGUGAUGCUAACCCAGCAGCUAAAUACACCUGGUACAAGGAGAAUGACCAUAAACUUCCCAGUCAACAACCACAGCUCUUCUUCUUCAGCUCCAUCCAGCCCUCUGAGUCUGGAGAGUAUUACUGUACAGCUGAGAAUGAGAUGGGGAGGAGAUCAGCACACGUCUUUAUUGAUGUAAAAUAUGCUCCAAAGCUUCUCUCUGUGUCAGUGAGUCCCUCUGGUGAGAUAGUGGAGGGCAGUUCAGUGAAUCUGACCUGUAGCAGUGAUGCUAACCCAGCAGCUAAUUACACCUGGUACAAGGAGAACCAAACACUGUUUCAAGGACCAGAAAGAGUUUAUCAUUUCUCCUCCAUCAGCUCUGAGGACAGAGGGAACUACUACUGCAAGUCUGAGAAUAAACAUGGACAGAUCAACUCUGCGUCUCUAUUCUUAGAUGUCCAGUAUGCUCCAAAGCUUCUCUCUGUGUCAGUGAGUCCCUCUGGUGAGAUAGUGGAGGGCAGUUCAGUGAAUCUGACCUGUAGCAGUGAUGCUAACCCAGCAGCUAAUUACACCUGGUACAAGGAGAAUGAAGACUCACCAAAAGCUUCAGGACAGAUCUUCACCAUCACUGACCUCAGACCUGAACACAGUGGGAAUUAUUACUGUGAAGCCCAGAACACAAGAGGACGUCGUAACUCCACCUUAAAUCUGACUGUUGUAGCAGGUGCAUGGAAAUCAGCAGCUGCUGGAUCAAUCACUGCUGUUCUCCUGGUUCUCAUCCUCCUCGCUGUCUUCCUGUGGAUCAGAAGAGAGAACUCCUUCACACAGCAGUGUAAGUGUGGAGAGAGACCUGACAACAGAGCACAGCUGAACGUGGGUCCAGUGUGUGACACCCCGUCAUCUGCAGCACAGAGACAAGCAGCAGGACAGCAGGAUGACCUUCACUACGCCAGCAUCUGCUUCUCACAGAACCAGGGAGAUGUUGUCUACUCCAACGUCAGAGUUCAUCCCCAGAGAGAAACAGAGGAAGAGGAGGAGGAGGAGGAGGAGGAUGGGGUUGAAUACUCUGCUGUCAGAUUUAACAAUGCCAGCAGUGCACCAGGAACAAGACGUCAAGAAGAUGGAAAUGAUUCAUGUGCACUGUACAGCACAGUCAACAACAACAAAAACACACCAUGAAUCUGAGCUUUGUUAUUUAUACUUGGAUUUUACAGCAUCAAGAGAAUCAGAAAAAAUACACACAUAUAAACAACAGUGGUUUAUGUAGGGUUUGUAAAGACUUGUUUGUGUGCUCGUUGUUUUUUAAAAGGUUGUUUGAACUAGUGAUGUUACCUGUGACACCGAAGCUCCGAGGCGUGUGUCAAAAAAUAUGAAUCUAUUUUCAGUGAAGCUUUGUAUCGAGGUUUGAUUCGUUCUGUCGAAAUCACGUGACCAAUGACGUGCGAAGCUUCGUUUCACACACACACACGUGACUGCUUCGAAAUCUGAUUCAAAGGUUUAAAAAUGCACAUAAAGCUGCGACCCUUCGUGGGUUGUUGAAGUGGAUUGUGAAUUUCUACAUUGUGGUGUGUCGAGAGAGUUAGAGUCAGGAGAUCUGUCCUGAAACCAGCUGCGAUUUCUGGUGGCUCACCUGAUAAGGUGUGUGCCUUGCAGUCAAGAGCCUUAUGGCAGUUUCCUGGGUCUGAAUCCAACUUGAGGUCUAUGAUACAUGUUGUUCCUUUUCUCUCUCCCUUUCAUUUUACUGCCCCAAUUCAUGAGUUUUACUUGUUUACAAAUCCACAACGCAAAAUAUAACCUUUAUUGUUGUUGUUCGGUUAUUUAGAGUAUGCUGUGGAGGUUUAUCUAUUUAUGUAUCAAUUUACUUAUUCAUUCAUUUAUUCACGCAUUCAUCUAUCAAUUCAUUCAUUUCUGCUUCAAGGAGAUUCAUGUGUUGGUUGGUUGAGGAAUGUUUUGCAUCACAGCGCUUUUCCUCACAUUGACCAGCAGAUGUCCCCAUUGAAAUCUCAUUUAAAAAGCUUUGAGUAAUGAACCGUUUUUCAAUACAACUGUGUUGAAAGCUUCGCUGGUUCAGAAAGCUUCAAUUCGCCAUCACUAGUUUGAACCAAAUUAUAAAGAAAAUUCAUGUUUUCUCACUGACACCUGCUUUUAUCAAACCAUGUAUGUUUGCUGCAAAAAUCUGUCUGAAACUUUACUUCAGUUAAAGCUUAGGAAGAAGACUCUGCUUGUCAUAUUGC